AACAAAUCUCAAAUAUCGAAUGCCAAAUGUAAAAUUAAAGUUAUUGGUCCAGACAUGUAAGCAAGUUGCCAACCUCUGUUGGAUGUUUCUAUAGCAAAAUAUCCCUAACCCAAUUCAACCAAUAUCCAAAACUAGAUUUUUUUUAUGAAACAAAUGAAGACAGAAAUACCCACUCCUAUACUAUAGCUAAACUUCCACAAUUUCGUUAGUCAUUCAAUUUUCAUCACAAAUAGAAAGUUCAACCAAUAUCCAAGACUAGAUUUUUUUUUAUGAAACAAAACGCCCACAACUAUACUACAGCUAGCUUAAACUUCCACAAUUUUUAUUAGUCACUCAAUUCCCCACAAAAUAAAAAAGUAUGGCAGAUGAGGAUAUUUCAGAAAGCUUCAGUGAAUGGCAGCAAAUCCCAUCUCCAUCUCCAUCUUCACCUACAGUCAAUAAUAAUGAUACUCAAUUUUCCAAAGAAGACUUACCAAUUAAUGAUACUCAAAUAGCUGCUACAGAAAUUACUACUUUGCCAUUGACUGAGGGUACUGAUAAUAAUAAUGAUGGGAUUCAUGAGAAAAGUGAAGGAAAUAAGUGGUUCAUCAAGAAGAAUUUAAGAGAAUUAAGUUCUUGGAUUGUUAAGUUUGCUUCCAAGAUCAGAAAUUAUGCUGCUCGUUUCACUGCUAAUAGAAGUAGAAUAUUGGCAGUGCUUUUGGUUUCCUUGUUUUAUUGGAUGAUACAGGAAAAAUGGAGGAGGCAAAGACAGAUUGAUACUUCUAAGAAACUUAUGCUUCUUAUCCAAGAAAAAGAUCAGAAAAUUGACCAGUUAUCACUCCAAAUUAGCCAGAUGAAUGACUCCCUAGUAGCACAACGAAAUGUUCCAGUUCUUCGAGUAGGCUAAUAGAUCACUAGCCAUUAAUUGUUUGCUGGACAACCUCCGAGGUAUGCUGAGAAUUGUGCACAAAGGCACACAAUUAUGCUCAGUUGGCAGAAAUAUUACCUGAGUUGUGCACAAUUGCCCGCAGCAGCAGUUGGCAGAAAUAUUACCUGAGUUGUGCACAAUUACCUGCAGAAGCGCACAAUUGUGAGCAGUUGGCAGAAACAUUACUUGAGUCGUGCACGAUUGUCCACAGAAAUGUAUAGUUGUGCGCGAGUUGACAGUUUACUAGCUACAUUGGAGAGACCAUUUCAAAUAUGGGGAAGGAUGUCGACAGUUUGUUUGUAAGAUCUUCAGGAAUAGUAGCUUGAAUGUUAGAUCAUUCUUGUAAUGCCUAUAUUUGCCCUUUAUUUGCUCCACCUCUCAAGUGUUGCACGCAGUGUCUGUUUUCAGAUUCUUUCUGUUAUAAGGUUCCUUUCCUGAAUCCUGAUGCAUUCUGAACUUAGUAAAUUAUAUAUGGUUGGAAUCCAAGAGUGACUAAUGAGCAAUUUCUCAACUAAAAUUUUAAG